UGCACGAUUAAUCGUAUUUUUAUCAUGAUAACGAUAUGUGCGCCACGCGAUUAAUUAAUGAUAAUCGUCGCGAUUUUCAUGUGUAAAGACCAAGCAGAAAACAAACAGUCUAAAAUCAAGAAACGUGUUUGUUGUUAUGGGCGGAGUAUACGGAGAGGAUGACGGAGAGCGUCUGACGUGAAGUCUGACGUGAAGUCUGACGUGACAGCGUCUAAAUUGUAAGCGCGGUCUGUGUUUGUUAUGCUGGAACUGGAAGUACGUUGGCAUCACGAAAUUUACAGUUUUCCACCUUGACAAUGGCAGAGCAUCAAGAGCAAAGUGCAGGAGGGCGUGUGUUAGUUCCAAAAAAGGGGUCAUACUCUUUUGUUUGGAAUUAUUUCGGUUUCGAAGAAAGUGAUGCGGAUCAGGUACGAGUCUUGUGCAAACUGUGCUCCUGUUCCGUCCAAACGUCCCAAGGUAACACAACAAACCUCAUUAACCAUCUUAAAAAACACCAUAAAGUGCAAUAUCAAGAGUUUCAAAAGCUGAAGACACAAGCCACAACCACCAAAAAUCCCCGACCAUCCACGACACAGACAACAAUAACGGGGACAUUGUUAAACGCAACACCAUAUUCGCCUUGCUCGCAAAGACACAGGGAAAUAACGGAGGCAAUCGCGUAUCAUAUAGCCAAGGAUAUGUGUCCAAUAAACACUGUGAACAGCAAGGGGUUUACAAAAAUGCUUGCCACACUUGACAAAAGAUAUAACAUUCCCUCACGCAACCAUUUUUCCAAAGUUGCGCUGCCCUCGCUGUAUGCGAAAUGCCGACUGGAAAUAGAAAGAGAACUCCGCAGCCUUGAAUAUUUUGCUGCAACAACCGACUUAUGGUCAAGUAGAAGUACAGAACCGUAUUUAAGCUUGACUGUCCAUUUCAUUGACACCGAGUUUGAAAUGAAAAGCAAGGUUUUGCAAACUUCGUUUUUCCCACAAGACCAUACGUCAGAGUCUAUUGCAACGGGCUUAAAAGAAGCGAUCUCUGCAUGGGGUUUACUGGAGGAAAGACUCGUAUGCAUCACAACUGACAACGCAGCUAAUAUGAUUAGGGCAGCAUCUAUGAAUAACUGGACAAGACUACACUGCUUUGGUCAUAGACUGCAUUUAGCCAUCGAGAAUGCCAUGAAGGAUCCAAGAAUUGACCGGGCUGUGGGCAUCUGCAAAAAGUUGGUGAGCGCCUUCUCCUACAGCUGGAAGCGUAAGAGGGAGUUAAUAGCAGCACAAAAGGAGCUAAAGCUCCCCGAGCAUUCCUUGAAAACAGAGUGUCCGACAAGGUGGGGAUCACGUCAAGCCAUGAUAGAGCGAGUCAUAGAGCAGCAAAAGGCCAUUGCACAUGUUCUGUCUUCUGACAAGAAGUCUCGGCAUCUUAUCCCAACAUGGCAAGACAUGGAUGUGCUAGAGGCAAUCAACAAAUCCCUGCACCCUCUAGUUAAUUUUACAGAUGCACUGUCUGGCGAGACGUACGUCAGCGUGUCAUUUGUAAAGCCAGUUCUUCAUCUUUUUAACUCGUCAAUCUUAAAAGUUAUGGAUGAUGAUACUGACCUGUCAAGGGCAAUAAAGUCUAAAAUCCUGGAGUACCUAAAUGAAAAAUACAGCGACCCACAGAUCCAGGCACUGUUGGACAUGGCAUGUACUGUGGAUCCACGUUUUAAGAUGAGCUACACCACUGAAGACAACAAAGCACAAACACAAGCCAGUCUAAAAGCUGAGAUGCAGACUGUGGCAAUGAUGGUGACAUCCCCAGCAGCACCACAAGAAAACACUGAUGAGAAUGCUGACGCUGGAUGCGCUCCAAAGAAAAAGAUGACUUUGGGAAGCUAUUUUAAAACUACUGAACAAGCCUUGCCACCUAACAACCUAGAGCCCAGUGUAGCCUGUGAACUGCAGUCUUACUUGCAGUCAUCCAACCUGGAUAGUGAGGGGGACCCACUAAAAUGGUGGAAAGAACAUGAAAAGAUCUACCCAAGGCUGUCAAAAGUGGCAAAGAAAUACUUGUGCAUACCAGCCACAAGCUCACCUUCAGAGAGGGCUUUUAGUACAUGCGGAAAUGUAGUUACUUGCUUGCGGUCUUCCCUAAAGCCAGAUCAUGUUGACAGGCUUGUGUUUUUAGCCCAAAAUCUCUAACAUGCAUAAACAAGUAGGCAUAUCAUAGGCCAGUAAAAAAUAAUUGUUUGUUUUUCACAUUGCAGUUUUAUUCUAAUUUGAUUUUGUUUUUACCAUUUGACAUGCAAACAAGCACAGUUUUUUAUUUGUUAAAAAAGCAUCAAAACCCUCAUACACAGGGUUACAGUUGAGGCUUUAUGUGCUGUUGAAUGUACCUAAAGAAAUACAUUGAGAAAGGUGGAUAGUUUCUGGUUAAGCAAAUUGCCACUAUAAAGUUUAAGUACUUUGUUAAGGUGUUCUUAGUGACUGUACGUAUAAAGGCAUACAAUAGGCUAACAAAAAUGUUUUACUCUAAAAAUGUUUUUGUAUUCCAGUUUUAUUCCAAUUGGAUUUUGUUAUUACCAUUUGAAAAGAGGCACAGUUUUAUUUUUACAAAAGUUAUAAAAAAAACAUUGUCAGAAGCCUCAGCAAAGUAACUUUUAGUAUUUUAUCUUCUUGUUGCAUUUUUUAUAUACUGUGUGUAUGUGUAUAUACACAUGGCUGUAAAGUGUAAAAAAACUGAAGUGAAUAAAAGUUCUUAUUCUUCACUAAAAAAUUAAUCGUGAAAUUAAUCGUGAUCAAAAAUUUGAGCAAAAUAAUCAUGAUCAUCAUUUUUCCUCUAAUCGUGCAGCC